GUUGAACAACACCCCCCCUUGAUUUCCAGUUCCCAUUCAUUGUCUUAAGGCACUUAGCGAGCAAUUACAUUAGUAGGUCGCAGCCGUCGCCUUUUCCCACGUUGAUCUUUCCUUUCGUCAAGGAACAACAACAACAGAGAAAUCAACAUCACCGCAAAAUUGUAAUUUUGCAACCCCAAGAGUCAUCUCAAGUCACAGUCAAGAUAAUCGCGUCAGCUUUGGCCAUUUUCGCCUAUUUUUGAAUUUUUUUUGUUUUCCACCCAGAAAACAAAAUUUAAUCAAUCUGUUUGCCAUUACCGCUUGCACCUACUUCGGACUUGUCCUUACACGACUCGAAGUAUUUAAUAACUAAAAUGGCAACCAUGGCAUUGGCUACUGCUGCUCGCGAUAUCCCAAAGACCUCCCAUCCCAGCCGAGACAGCUUAACUGCUGUAGCGGCUGCUCGGAGUGUUCCUGUGACACGAACUCAUUCUCUUCCGACACCCCCCAAUUCCAUAUCACCUACGCUGCCACCCCAUGGUCUCAAGGCCCAGCUGCAGAGGGCGAGGCUUGAUACCGUCGACUCCGACCUAGACCUUCACGAGGGCACCGAUCAUAGUCCUAUCGGUUCGCCGAGUUUCGAGUCGACAGGAGCCAUCACCCCGGCGAUGCUGGCCAAAUUUCAUCUUCCAGACAUCCUUCUGAACCACGGACCCUUGGCCAUCCGCUAUAUCAUGGGAUACCUAACUACUUCGGUCCCCGGUUUUGCCGGGAUCUCUCCACCGAAGGCGCGAAGGUUAGUCGUGGCAGCGUUAGAAGGACGUGGACAAGGGCACGGUGUCUCUGAAGGUGGAGGAGUUGGUGGAGUUGGCGGUGUCGUGGAAUUCCAGAAGGUCGGAUGGGGUCGGUGGGACGCUAGGCGACGCGGUCAACCUUCUCGAGAUGCAUCUCGACAAUCCGGCGGUGAAGGUAGUGCCGGAUCAUAUCCGACUAGCAUACCAAUCUCAAAAGGUGCAGGGUGGAACGCUGACCGCUCUCGAUUGAACGCACGUGCCACUAGCAACGGCAAUUCUGCGGCCUUCUCUCACGACGACAGAGACGUUAGCAUGAUGGAGAACGAAGCCGAUAAGAUGUCUCUAGACUCAUUAGACGGCCCUGCUUCGGCUUCUUGCUCCUCGGCACCCGACAACGAAGACAUGGUCAUGAACGACGAUCCCGAAGACGCUACCGAUGACGAAGACUGGGCAGCUGUUGGAGCUGCGGCACUGCGGGCGGCCUCGUACUCCAAUCCUAUAGGGGCUCGUCAAGGAACGAAUUUCCCCUCUCGUGUAUAUAACUCUUGCGGCCAUCGAUCAUAUUCCGGAAAUAAUACCGGAAUGCUGCGGGAGCCACGUCUCGAUAACAUCGAUCUGGACGCCUUGGCUGCUUCAUCGGAUGCUCAAGAGCGUGAGGCCAUCCAGGCUCUUUUGCAACUCGGUUCUGUAUAAAUAAUUCGGCAUCGGUGGCGUUUAAUGAGUGUAGCCCGGCUCGGACGGGUAUGGUUUGGUUGGCUGUCACUGGCUGGGCUGGUUAUCGUCUUGUCAUUACUUGAUCGGGCUGAUGCGUUCGUCUCGAUCACCAUUGUUAUCAUCUGGCAUCUUCUGGUUUUGGGGGGGUUUUUUUCG